AUGGGUGAUCUCGGAGAAAUCGGCUCUUUUACUCCCUGGGAUUACGUUGUGUUUGCUGCAGUUUUAGCGAUAUCUGCAGCGAUCGGAAUCUACUAUGCCGUAGUUGGGGUCGGAAAAGAGACAUCCCAGGAAUUCCUGACGGGAGGGAGAAGCAUGUCAGCUCUCCCAGUCUCUUUAUCUCUCACAGCAAGUUUCAUGUCGGCAGUAACUAUCCUGGGAACACCGGCAGAUGUCUAUCGCUAUGGGGCAAUGUAUAGCAUAUUUGCUAUAUCAUACGCUUUCGUGGUUAUUAUCUGCGCAGAAAUAUUUCUUCCUCUCUUUUACAGACUUAAUAUAACCAGCACAUACGAGGUAUGUAUUUUUAUUUUUUUUCUAAAUAUCCCCAGGCCAAAAGAGCUAGACUUUUACAACAUACACACCUGGGAACACACUAAAUACAUUGAGAAGAUGCUAUUCGUAAUAUUAACCCUUCGCUAAUCCAGUUCUGUGAUAUUAUAUAUUAUCCUAUGUUCAUCAUGUGUUUAUAAAUUAAUUAUAAUAUUAUUUUCUAGUUAAAUACUAAAAUUUAGAUAUAGUCCCAGGAUAUAUUUCACUAGUAAAAUAGUAACUUUUUAUAUAGAACUAAUGUCUUCUGGAGUCCUGUACAAACGAAAAUAUAAAGUACAACUGACUAAUUUUAUAUUAUACAAAAAAGUCAAGUCAGUAAUUAAAUGAUCAUUAUGUCAUGCAACAGGCCCCAAAAAAUAUAAAUAUGGAUUAUAGAUCUGUCUAUUUCUGACUAUAAUUUAAAUAGUGUUCAUAGACCUGGAGACCUUGCAAGGGGCAUAACGAGGAACUGAUAGGCAAAUACACAGGCUAGCACAUACAGGCACACAGACACAGGAACAUACAGGCACAGGUAAACAUGGGCACACAGAAAGGCACUCACAGGUAUACACAGACACACAUAUAUACAGACAGGUGCACACAGACAGGGUACACAGACACGGGCAAACACAAAUGGGCAUACUCAGUCACAGGCAUACACAAACAGGCACAUACAAGCCUACACAGACACAUGCACACACAGAAACAGGUUACAUUGAUUCUGGCACAGGCUUAUAAACAGAAAGAAGCAUAAACAUACACAUACAGGUACAUAAUGUUAUACACAGAUAUGCAUCCACAUGUUUCAUUAAUUUAAAAAAAAUAACUUUAUUUAAAGUUUAUUUCCUCCCUUUUCUUUUUUUUAAAUUCUUUAUUUUUUACUCAAAUGACAUAGCAAGUGUACAUCAACAUUUGGGCUUAGGCAGAAGCCAAUUUGAAUAUAAGUUUUGGAAACAAAAUGCAGUUCAACAAAUACAAUACAUGCCCAUUCCUUAAAAGACCAUUGGCACCUUCCGUCUACUGAGGGUUUUUAUAUUUUUUAUAUAAUUCCCUAUUUUCCUACUCGACAGGAGUAAACAAAUAUACAGUAAUAAUUUUGCUUGCACAGGAGCCAACAUUGGUAAUACAUUAGAAUGUAGAAUAUGCUCCAGUUGAUCCUUAUGAUACUUUUUCCUUUACAUCGUUAACGUUAGUCUCCCAUCGAGGGUUGUAUAUUUUUUGGCUUUCAGGCAUAACUAUAGGAGUCCUAAUUUAAAAUCUGUGCUAUAGCUCUAGGUCUCCCAGUUCCUUCAUUAUUUUAAAAUUCUUUAUAUUUCAAUAAACAUAACAGGUAUACAUUCACUUUUGGGCUUAUAAAGAAGCCAAUUGAAUUACAUAUCAUUGCAAAGGAAUACAAGUCAACUUUAUCAUUGCAAGCCCGUUUCUUACUGUAUCUUUGGCACCUGCUGUCUAUUGAGGUAUUUUAUGUUUAACAUAAGAGCAGGCAGUUAAGCAAUACAAGUAGCCAGUAGAUAUGCUAAUCAAUCUCGUACCUUUGCAACAUUAUUCCUCCGACCGUGUGAUCUAGACUGAAAAAAUAAAAACAAGAACAAAGAGAGAAGAAAAGAAAGAGAAGAUGGAAAAAGAGUAUUUCCUCCUUUUUCGUUCUUAUCUUGGGCCAAGAUGGGAAGAAUAUUGCACCCUUGCGAGCCAGUGGAUGACUGCUUGUCUGCUCCUCUGAAGGGUGCAGACUACUACUUCCGUGCAGCUGUAGGGACGUAUCAGAGCAUUGCCCUGGUAACCUGCAGAUCACAUGCACACACUGGGCUCAAUCCUACCCCUGGCACAAUACAGGUCUGACCAGUGAGGGAGACCUGGACCGUGCUCAAGUAGUGUCUGCCUGCCAGUAAUUUAAUAGCUAUUUAGUAUAUUACUAAUUUGGCAAUAUACUAAAUAACAGUUUUGCAGGCAGAACUGCAGGUCCAGUCGCUGUAGCAACAGAUUUAAACCUGGAAAUUCUAUCACUGGUUAUAGGUAUCAUAAACUUGGGUGCAUCUUUAGUAUCCCUAAGAUAGACUCUCGUACUUGCACCAAACUGCUUCCAUUCUCUACAUGGCGUCAACAUGUGGAAAAUCUGCUACACCAAUGUUUAUGAAUGCAUGCUAUUCAGCUCCAUAACUUUGGAGAGAUACCAGAAUAUAUUGCGAUGCUAGUGAAAGACUUCAAAAAUAUUUGGUGAGUUUAAAUCCCAUCAAGUGAUUUUCAACAAAUACCUUAAGAUGUAGUAUGAAGCUCCAUCUCAUUUGCUCAGCCAAACUAUUAUAGUCAUGGUAUCUUCACUGAUAUCCUUUAUUAUGUCUGUUUAUCAUAUUGCAAACUGUAUGGCAUAAUGGAUAGCUGAUAAGAUUAAACCAAAGAUUUUUUUUGCAGAAAAAAAAUCUUUGGUUUAAUCUUAUCUACUUUAUGGAACGGACCUUUUUAUCUACUUUAUGGAACGGACCUUGCUGCAUCUCUAUAUACAUUUUUGUUUUAUAUAUAGGAUGUUAUGCUUGUUUUAAUUUGGAUGCAGUUUACCGAUGUUUACCCAUACUCUAUCACAUAUAUUAACCCCUUAAGGACACAUGACGGAAAUAUUCCGUAAUGUUUCCAUUUUAUUCCAGAAAUUGUGUCCUUUAGGGGUUAAACUCACAUUAAACUCACAUUAUUACUAUUCUGACAGCUCCCACUAUAGCUUAAGUGGGGGUUAUUGCCUGAAAUCUUCUUCCUUCCCUACUCUACAUUUUCUCGGUCCUCUCCUUUUAAUUAGAUCUCUUGCAUUUCUUUCCUCGUCUUUAUUUUGCAAUCUAUACAAACUGCAUACAUUGUUACUCUGUUAUCUUCUUUCUUUCGUCUUUAACAUUUGUGUACCUUUCAGUUUACCACCUACGUCGAAUGAUCACUUUAGUUUGUUCAUUGUUACUUAAUGACUUAAUUCCCAUGAUCUCAUCUAUGUACUCCUGAUUUUACUGACCCAUGUGGCUCUUGCUGAUUUGUCUGAGUCUUCUUUAGCUGAUAUUCAGCUGCAUUUUUAUUUUCAAUUUCUAUAAAAGAUUUAACUAUUGACAUCAUACUGCAGUUCAGACAAGGCAAAGCCAGGACAAAUAUGUAUAAUCAAAAUGUUACAGGAUAAAGUGUUGGGGAUUUCUACAUUUAAAUGUAUUUAUUGCACCAGACAAAUAAAUAUAAAGAAAGGUACAUAUAAUAUUAAAAUUCCUGGGAAGUGACAGUUCCCCUUCAAGGACAAGGUAUUGAAUCAAUUGGUUUUGCAGUUGCGCGAGUCAAUUAAAAAGAAUCUAUGCGAUGGGGUGUUAGUUAAAUGAAAAGACUCUGAUCCUGGGAAUCAUUGUCCAUAGGAGCACUUGGAGCAACGGCUCAGCAGUUUUUAUAUGGGGGAAAAACGUAUUUGCAGUAGUUUAGAAACUCUAAGAUUCUUUUUUCUGAAAGGAAAGAGUAGUAAGCCAGAAAAAAUAAGGAAUAACUUAGUGUCUCUUUCAGUUCUGCAGGGCUCUUCGCUCUCAUUGAUUAGCUGUUUGGAGGAGCUUACUUGAGAACUUCUAGGCAUGUAAAAUAAAAAUGGGUCUGGUUUGAAAUCUGCCCUGUAUCAGCAAGUUUUGCACAUGCCUAGUGUCCUUUUAGGAAAGAAUUUCAAGAAUUUUCAUUGAGUUGCCAUUAGGGCAGCAGAGCCAACUGCCCAUGAGGGUAGGAAUGCAAUUGAACUCUUUAUUAAAGGGCCAUCCUUGGCUGAUAGCACCAGGGGGUGGGUUUAUAGUACACAAGAAGCCAUCUUGGAAGUAACGCAGAGGGACAACAGCAGCAGCUCCUGCCCCCUGCCAAAUGUAAGUAUAUAAUAUCACAGUUUUCUCUCCCCCCAAUAGCCCUAGUAACUUGAGGGCUGAUUAAGCAGGAUCAUUUACUCAAAUAUCUAAUAUAUAUAUAUAUAUGUCAGUAAAGCCCAGGGGUGACCAGGAAAGGAGGACAUUUCUGACACAGAACACUUUGCUACCUGUUACUAAUAGCUUUACUGCACACACCCCUUCAUCUUCUUUAAAGUGUGCCGUCACUCUACAGCUGAGACCUGAGAUACUCAUGCUGUGGCUAAUUGAAAAGUUGUGAAGCUUUAAAUUGCAAGACUGGGGCUGUGACUCUGAGGACUGAACUGAUUCCAAUUUCAAUCUGUUUUAAUCUGUAAUGAUUGUUGCCUCUGUUAACCAUGUCAGCUACUUCUUGGCAUAUUACUUCUGCAGAUGAAUUGUAUUGCCAGCUGCAAAGGUAAUAAGGAGUCUAUCAUUAUCCUGCUGCUUUAACUCUGUUUACACUCUGCUCUGAGAGUUAAUAGCAGAGCUGUCUUAACAGCAUUAUAGGUUCCUGGGCAAAUCAGUGCACUUGGACCCUACGUAUACAACCACUCAAAGGAGUAACAAAUUUAAAUUAUUGAUAUAAUUUAAGCUAAUAUUUAUUGGUACCUCCAACAAAACCAAUGUUCAAGCAUUAAAAAACAGCAGAGAUUAAUCCACACAAACUUUUGGACAAUAUAAAAUGAGUCUUGAAUUUGAAAACCAAGAAUUCAACCUAAAACUGGUACUCAGUUGGUAUAUCAUACAGACGGGUAUGGCACAGCAUGAAAUUACUGUGAAUUAUUUAUUAUUAAUCAAAUGUUCAACACAUAGCUUUAUGGCUUCAAAAAAUGAUGUGUGUUGAUUCUGUCUUGCUUAUGUACAAUUAGUACGUGUACAUUGUUUUUGUCAAGAUAUGUUUUCACAACAGCAAGAUCGCAUGUACAGAUAACAUGUGAUUUGCCCACCUAAAUCCACCUAAACGUUUAAUAUAGAGGAUUUGAAGUUUCUGAAUAAAUCUCUAAGAAUAAUAUACUGCAGAGUUGGCAAGCCAAUGGGGCCUCUAUGCUCAUGGGGCCCCCGGGCAACUGCCCAGCGUGCACAUGCGUUAAGAUAGCCCUGGCUAAUAGUGAGUCAGGAGUAACUGAUAUGGUUGGAGUCUAUUAGUAUCUUGAUGUUUUACUCAUGUGCACACUGUGCUGAAAGCUAAUGCAGUAGCUGACAUGCUUCACAACAGCAGUAAUAUUUAAUAGAAAGGUAAAUAUCAUAGCAGGAGCACUACUGAAAAUGAGAUCAUGAGAGGGAGAGAGCUAAGAGAGGUCUACGAUGAUACAGAGACAUGUACUGUGUGGGUAUCGCUGAAUUGCAGCUCUGUGUAAUCCAUCACAGUGAUCCUGGCUGUGGGGUAGUUAUGAAUAUCUUAUUAUUAUGCCCAACGCUGUGUCAUAUUUCUUUGUAUUUUACUCAUCUCCAACUGUAGUAUGGGUAUCUCUAUAGUCUACUCAGCUCUGUAUGUUGUAUAGGUAUAUUUGUAUUGUGCCCAGAUCUGUGUAUUAUAUCUCUAUUUUCAGCUCUGUUUAUGAUAUUAUUAUCUCUGUAUUGUACUCAGCUCUAUGUAUUUUAUAGUUAUCUUUAUCUUGUGCCCAGCUGUUUUAUUGUAUGAGCCUCUCUGUAUAAUGCUCAGCUCUCUAUUGUAUGAGGAUAUCUAUACUGUAUAGGGUCAAGUAAAACACCCCACUAUUAUAAAACCCCACCAGCCACUACUGCCCUGAUCUUGUACUAGUGACAUCCACUGAAACUAGAAAUGUCACGAUGUCUCUUUUAGACAAUGGCAGGUCUCCUAUUAAAACAUAUGAGGGAGUUAACAUUUUUUUUUACACUCCUAUUGUUUUUAUGAAGGGAUUUUGUAAAUGGUACUAUUGUGGGAGAGAUUAAUACCACUCUAUAGAGAAGGUAAAUAACUGCACACAAAUAAUGAAUUGUGGCUUUGAUGUCUGGAGUGUCCCAUUAACAAAGUAUCCAUUGUGUAAAAGAUGUGUAUUAAUAAGUGUCUGUUGUCUCCGAAUAAAAGUCACAAAUACUCUGGCCUUCAUUGUGAUAUUUGUACCCAUUUAUACAUCUUUAGUAAAUAUGAUCUAUUUAGUAAAUGUGAUCUAUAUACAUAUGUAUUUUAUUGUAUUUUGUAUUUCACAGUAUCUUGAAAUUCGCUUUAACAAAUUUGUGCGCAUCCUUGGGACAGUCAUUUUUAUUAUUGAAAUGGUAAGUACCAAAUACAACGUGCAAAUGUGCAAUAUUUUUUAUUGUGUUUAAUUCAACGUGAUUAAAUUGUAGUUACAUGAAAACAAUGAAACACCAUUUCUUAAUGUGGGAAAAACAAAUUUUGGUUUGUUUUUUUCCCCCACUAUUUCUUAAUGUGUUAAAUAAAACAAGUGAAUUGAAAAUUGAAUAAAAUUUUUUCAAAAAAGGCAUGUUAUAAUAAAUUGCAAAAGUAUAAACACAGGCAAAUAAUUACAACUGUUUUGCAUUUGACUCUCUGGUCUGAUGAGGAUUAUUAGCACAACCUAAUUAUUAAUCAAUAAAACAACUAUACCAAGUGUCCUGGAUCCAAAGGGACUUUCUUGAUUUUCCCUGCCAACCUGGACAGGACUAUUACUAUUAGAGGUAUACCUCUUAUCAUGAGCAUCGGAUAAAAUCCCGUACUUCCCAAUUCCAACCUCUGUCCCAUUAAGUCAGGAUGAAAAGGAAUGUGGUUCGUAGUUAACAAUAGCAGCAUUAAAAAAUGGCACUUUGUAGUAGAGCGAUCGAGUAAAUUGGCUACAAUUGGAGUGUCUGAGAUGAUCUCAAAUUAGGUGGUAACCAUAAUAAAGUAUUUUUUGGUAUAUACAGUUGUUCAGUUAAUACCCAGAUAGAACCAUGGAGGGAGUUGUCUAUGCCCAGUGAAUCAGAGAGACCCUUUUAUGGGAAAUGUUGUUUCCGUCUGUGUUGGCCCAACAAACUUGGAGUUUUGACACCUUUAUGAGAUAAUUGUUAGACCCUUUUGUAUUCACUUUGAACAGAUCUGUCCAUUCUCUACCAUACUAAUACUUUAAUUCAGCCUCACACAUCCCAUAUGAUGUAAAUUAAAUAACCAAACUGCCUACAACCUUCCCAUAUUAAUGAUUAGACAUCAGCAGCUCUCUCUCUUUUAUUCAUUUCCAUGCCCACUUUCUCUUCGAUAUUGUCUUCUAGUCUCAGCUCCGUUCACUCCAGCUUACUGUCAGUCCAUGUCACUCUAUGUUCCUCCAAAUCUGUUUUACUUUGUCAUUUAAUUUUCUACCACUGUACCAAGUUUCAAAUCUUCUCUAUGCUCCCUCAAUUUCUUCUCGUCUUUCUAUUUAGUAUAAUUGGAUUUAUUUAUGUGUGAAAUGGUUAAUUUGUUAAAUUUUUCCAGGUUUUGUAUACUGGAAUUGUCAUAUAUGCUCCUGCACUUGCACUCAACCAAGGUUAGUAAAACUUUUAAAUUCAUAUUUGGCUAUUUUUACUAAACAGUAACUUGAGUUGAAAAUACUAAUAGCGUAUUAUCUUUUGGUAAUUUUCUUUUCUUGUUUUUCAUUAUAGUUUCAGGAUUUAACCUUUGGGGUGCAAUGGUGGCAACUGGAUUAGUCUGUACUUUCUACUGUGCCCUGGUAUAUUACACAGCUUUAUAUCAUGUGAUCUUCUUAAUUUUGCUUACUUUUAUAGACCAAAAUAUAAGAUAAUGUUCUUAAAGAAUCAGUAAUAUCUUGCAAUACAUUGCUUUCAUUUCAUAUGGAAUCUUAAACUGAGAUGAAUGCAAUAUAUAUGUAAAGAAUAUACAGCAUUCUAUGCAAUAGAACAAUUGACUUGAAGUGAUUGACUUGAAAUCAAAAUUACAUUCUGAUUGCAUGCUAGAUGUUUUAGCCAAUCCGGACUUACUGGAGCAAUAAAAGUGAGCAAUGUCAAAAUAUUUUAUAACUAUGUAAAAAAAAUCAUUAGCGAUAUUAUUUUAUAUACAUUUCACUGUCUCAUUAAUCAUCGGUAUACAAAGAACAAUACAUGUAUACAAUGUCAUGUAUAUAUAAAAAAUAACGGAAAUGUGAAUUAUUAUGAGAAAUCUUGUAGGUUGCAAAAAUAGGAAUUUUAGAAAAUUGAAAAGAAAUCUCUAAUUUUAGACCAAAAUAGGCAAACAGUAAAACCAGCUCAGAUGAUCUACUUAAAAUUUGCACUUUUUUUAAAAUCAAUUUUCAACAGUUCCUGGUUAGUUAAACAAACUCUUAAUCUCAAUACUUAAACUGGAGCAGUUGAGAACAAAAAAAAAAAAUAAUAAUAAUUCAGCCAGAUAUAAUAUUAUCAAUUAGGGCUAGCACAUACUUACACACAUACAACGAAUCUAUAAUGUUAUGUUAUGCAGGGGUACAUUGUAGUAAUUAAUUUUCUUUCAACUUUAUGGUAGACACUGCUCAUUUAAAGGGUGAAAAAGAUAUGACUAUGACCGAUUUGUUUGUUUAGGGUGGGAUAAAAGCAGUGAUCUGGACAGAUGCAUUCCAGAUUUUUAUUAUGCUGGCAGGUUUCAUAUCUGUCAUAAUCCGAGGUGUGGUGGUACAGGGCGGAAUUCAGAAGAUCAUUGAGGAUUCCUACAAUGGAGGGAGACUAAACUUCUGGGAGUAAGUAUCUUAACCUACAAGGAAUUUUAGAUGGCUUUAGCAAAUGUGUCAAGUGAUUUCAUUAAUUAAAGGGACACUAUAGUCACCUGAACAACUUUAGCUUAAUGAAGCAGUUUUGGUGUAUAGAACAUGCCCCUGCAGCCUCACUGCUCAAUCCUCUGCCAUUUAGGAGUUAAAUCCCUUUGUUUAUGAACCCUAGUCACACCUCCCUGCAUGUGACUUGCACAGCCUUCCAUAAACACUUCCUGUAAAGAGAGCCCUAUUUAGGCUUUCUUUAUUGCAAGUUCUGUUUAAUUAAGAUUUUCUUAUCCCCUGCUAUGUUAAUAGCUUGCUAGACCCUGCAAGAGCCUCCUGUAUGUGAUUCAAUUUAGAGAUUGAGAUACAAUUAUUUAAGGUAAAUUACAUCUGUUUGAAAGUGAAACCAGUUUUUUUUUUCAUGCAGGCUCUGUCAAUCAUAGGCAGGGGAGGUGUGGCUAGGGCUGCAUAAACAGAAACAAAGUGAUUUAACUCCUAAAUGACAGUGAAUAGAGCAGUGAAAUUGCAGGGUAAUGAUCUAUACACUAAAACUGCUUUAUUUAUCUAAAGUAAUUUAGGUGACUAUAGUGUUCCUUUAAGAAUAAAAAAUACGCCAUUGCCUGGUAUGUCUGAUGGAGUAUUGGCAGUGUUUUUUGUUUCUUAUUAACCCAGUACAGAUUUACACAAAAUGUAUUGUCUUUAAACCCGUUACAUCUAAUUUCCUUAUUUAUAUUGGGCUCACACUCAAUGUCUAAUGUUGAAUUUAUGCCAGAUAGCAAUGUAGUAAUACAGAUACAAAAUGAAAAUGUGAAUUCAGGGAAAAUAAUGCCAUCUUGGCGAUCUUUUUUUUUAUUCUUGUGUCUCCAUUACCAAUCAAUGGUGUUAUUCUUCCAUAAUACACAUUUUACUGUUAUGUUUUUUAGUGCAUUUAUACAUGUAUGAUAUACAUGUAUGAUAUUUCGUGCUGGAAAUAUAAUGUCCCGCAGUAAAAAAUAAUUCACAUUUUAUGAUUUUAUUGAGCUUGAGUGAGUGUGACAUAUUGUCAUUAUCUCAACUAGCUUUGAUCCUGACCCCUUGAGAAGACACACAUUUUGGACAAUUGUGGUUGGAGGAACAUUUCUAUGGACCGGUAUCUAUGGUAUUAACCAGUCUCAAGUGCAACGAUACAUUGCCUGUAAAUCUAGAUUUCAAGCCAAAUUGUAAGUAAUACUCUGAAAAUAUGUUUUGGGAAUCACUUAUAAAAAAAAAAAAAAUUUUAAAUUGUGCAUAUGUCUUUUGUGUUAAACAAGCUAAUAAUUUUAGGACUCUCCAUAAAAACCAACUGAUUUAAGAUUUAGAAAAUGGAGAUCUUAUCACAAAAUGUUCUAUGCUCCACUGCGUCAGAGUACGCCUGCUUAAGUAUAUCAAAAUCAAAUAUGAGUUUGACCAUAACCUGUGGGAUUUAUUAUACAAUCUAUAUAUUUUCGAAAAUUUCUAAAAUUCAAGAAAUCUGUAACUUAGCUUCAGUCAAAGCUAUUUUAGCCUGAAAUAGUACAUUCACAUUUUUAAAUGUAUUCCAGUUCAUAGUUUAACCCCUUAAGGACACAUGAUGUGUGACGUCAUGAUUCCCUUUAGUUCCAGAAGUUUGGUCCUUAAGGGGUUAAAGAAUAAACUGUAUUUCAUGCAGCUAAUUUUUGCAGUUGUUUACAUUAUGUAUAUUCUAGAUGUGUGCCUGAAUGUUGAUUGAUUUUAUUAUUAUAGCUCUACAGGGCUCUCAAUUGGGAAGCAUUUUAAUGACAUUAUGUAAUUUCAUAAUGGGUAUCUUUGGGGUGUAUAUAUAUAUAUGGAAUUUUAAUGCAGGUUUUAUUUGUUUUAUAAUAAAUUCAUUUGUUUGUAAAUUGUUUUCUGUUCUAGAGUAUGUUCCUGUUUAUUAGUUAAUGUACUGUAACCACGAGAAACAUCAUUUUAAGCCGAGCAAUGGCCAAGUCAAACUUUUAGUGAGUUUUGUGUUCAUUAGCCUUUCCCUUUUUACUCACAAUUUAACUUAUUCAGGCUGAAUGGCCUCCGGUUUAAUACAGCAGUGAUAGAUAAUAUAACAUUCUGAUAGCACAAUUUGGGAUUCAAUCUCGUGAUUUUAAAUUAUGCUUACAGGUGUAGAACAAUAAUAAAAUAAUGGAAGAUGUUGAUACAAUAUAUAUUAUUUAUACAAGCAUCACAUGUAAAAAAAAUGAAUAUUAACUGCAAAGCAUUAUUGGCAAAACUACCCUUCUAAUUUGUCAUGCCCUGACCGAGAACAUUUUCUCAGCCUUCCCAUCCCAAAUUAUAUAAAGAAUUAGUUUUACAUAUACAUAUCUUAGCUAUACAUAGGUAGCCACUUGUGCAUACAUAACUUGCCACUCAUGGCAACCUAUUUAUAAACAUAUAUAGACACACACUAGCUAGAACACAAUAGCAAAGUAGCACCUAUAGAUAGGUGCACAGCACACAUACAUAGAAGACACAGACAAACAUAGACCCGUGCUAGCAGACAUUUGUAGACACAUACUCUUACAUAUCUACAGGACAAAUUCAUCGUCACACAUUAGUAUUAGCACACAUCUUUAGAAACACACUAGCAGAUGUCCAUUGACACACACAUUUUACAAUUGUAUUUUGCCUUCCUCAUUCCACACCAACUACUUCCUAAAGAAUGGAGGAGGGCAUAUUAAGGAGGUUAAAGGGGUAUGGGUGUAGUGCAAAAGCUUUGGCUUAUAAAUGUGCUUUUAGUUUAGUGCUAAUAGUUGUUUAUUCAUCAAAUACAGAGAUGUUAGUAAAUGUCAUUUUCAAAUAUAUUUUAGCACAUUAGUUGAUCUCACAUUAAGAACAACAGGUAAUGUGCUCUUUUAACAUGUUGUUUCUUGCACGUACCACUUCCCAUACUCAUUUUUCACGGUUUAUCACAAUAGUGUAGUUAUAUUUUUCACCUGACCGAGUUUUGAUAGUUAAAAUGCAAAUUAAAAAAAAUUAGACGGUUUUUUUUUCAAUUUGUGGUGAUUCAUACCUCCCUGUAAUCUUAAGUGACACAAAGAUAUAUCAUAAAUUGCAUGCAGUGUUUUGCUCACAUCACUGAAAUGGGAGAUUAUAAUUAGUUUAACAGGUAACUGCAGAAAUCUGAUGAGUUUGUUUUAUUAAGGGAUAACCUGCUUAAUAAGGUUGAGUAGAUAAAUAAACACCAGGCUACAGGUAUUACUAGUGUAAAAAAGAAAGAAACAUUGAUUUGGCAGAUCUGUUUUCGUCACCUGUAUACUGACAGUAUUACUUCAAAUAGCUGUUUUUGAGAACAAUUGUCCAUAGAUAUCAUUUAGCAUUUAUAAAACAUGUUCAACAUGAAGCUAGUGUCACCAUAUAUAUGUUUUCAAACAAUUACCAGUGAUAUUGAAUUCUCAAUAGAACACACCCAGAAUGUCCCCAGUUUGCACUAAGUCUAGGUACUUGCAAUUGAAAGUGUAAUUUGCACUUGUUAAAACAUGUUUGUUGUAUAAAGCUGUAUAUAAGUAAAAAAAAAAAAGCAAGUAAAGCAACGUGGCACAAUUUAUUUUGGUCAAAGAAGAUUUGACUUGCCUAACCAGCAUCAUUAUAUAUAAUAACCUAAUCUACUGGAUUGCAUAACAGAAAAUACAUACGACACCACAAAACACAAGCAGUUUUCAAUCCUUUAAACUCCUUAGAAUAUAUUGUGUCUCAGCUGAAGAAUUAGCUGGUUUCAAAUCCUCGGAAUAUAUCAUGUAUCAGCUGAAGAAUUCGCAUGUUCCUCUUUGUUUCUCUUCCUAGGUCACUUUACUUAAAUCUUAUAGGUCUGUGGGCCAUCUUAGCCUGUGCAGUUCUAUCCGGCCUCAUCCUCUAUUCAGUAUUUAAAGAUUGUGACCCAUGGACAUCGAAAAAAAUAUCUGCUCCAGAUCAGGUUUGUAAUCUAAAUAAAUGGAAAUAAGUGGAAAAAGUAUCUUGAUGUCAUAGUAGAGAAUAGUCAAUAGCUAAAAGUUUCACAUAAAAAAAAAAUCAUAAUGUAAAAUAAAAUGUUACCUCCAGUAUUAUCAGGGUUAUUCACAAAAGCGAGAAUUUUAAGGGACACUAUAAUCACCAGAACAACUACAGCUUAUAGUAUUUGUUCUGGUAAGUAGAAUUAUUCCAUUCAGGCUUUUUGAAGUAAACACUGUCUUUUCAGAGAAAAUGCAGUGUUUACAUUACAGCCUACAUUACAAAGAUGAUUGUAGGAACCACACUCAAUCCCAGCAGCCACCAGUGCUCCGGAACGGGACCAGCAAUCCCAACACGUCAAGGCAAAAAAAUAAAUUUCCAGGCACUCUAGCGUUACAGCCGCAGGCAGAUUUUAAUGGAACAGAAAGAGCAGGAACGUUUCGACUUUCAUAGAGGUCUAUUUCAAGCUAACUAACCUCUGUGAAGGUCGAAACGUUGCUGCUCUUUCUGUUCCAUUAAAAACUGCCUGCAGCUUUAACAUUAGAGUGCCUGGAAAUUUUCUUUUUUUACAUUACAACCGAUUGGCCAGGGCUGUGUUUGAUUUGUGCUGACUCUACCACUGAUCUGCCUCCUUAACAGUCUCAGCCAAUCCUAUCAGAAAGCAUAGUGAUUGGCUCACAUAAUCACUUCUGAUGAUGUCAGCAGACAGCAGGCAGUUGAAGGGCAGAGGCAGCAGCUGCUGAUUUGAAUACAAGUAAGAUUUUACUAUAUUUAGGUAAGCAAUGGGAAACCAGGGGAAGCUAGAUGGUGGUUUUAACACUAUAGGGUCAGGAAUACAUGUUUGUGUUUCUGACUCUAUAGUGUUCCUUUAAGGUGAAUUUCAAAUUUAAGGCCCAAGUAGCCAAACUGAAAGCAUAGCGGACUUGGAAUUUUUUUUCCAGUUUGGCUAUUUUGACCUUAUAUUUGAAAUUCACCUUAAAUUCUCACUUUAGUGAAUAACCCUGUAUAUGUUUUAUAAGUUAUCAUUUAGUAUAAAAUAACUGCAAUGUAAUUUUUUGCAGCUCAUGCCCUUUUUGGUAUUGCUGAUUCUCAAGGACUACCCAGGAAUACCAGGGCUCUUUGUAGCUUGUGCUUACAGUGGAACGCUAAGGUAAAUCAAUCAAAACUAUUUUUUUUCCUCUGACCAGCUGUAAAAUGAUGUGGGCGACAUAGUUAUGGUGGUUCCAUCAUCUUACAAAGAAAUUCUGUAAUUUGCAUGCACUUCAGUGUCUAGAGCUUAUGUACAUACGGUAACUCGAAAGUUCUUAGGCCCCUAUCAUCCACAAGCCCAAAGAACACUGAGAUAUCUGCAAAAAUAUCUUUUAUAUUACUUUUUUUAUAUUACUUAUAUUAUAUAUUUUUUGUAAGGGGUUUGGUGUAGUGCAAGGAUUAGAGAUAGAGUUUAGGAUCCAAAAAUACUUGGGCAGCCUGAAGACAUACAUGUCCCAGGACUCCCAGACUGUCUGGGAUUGCUAGGAGUACGAGGCCACAGCUUUUUUUAUUUAACUUUUGCCUCUGUGAAGGCUAACUCAGCUCCUCUUCUAUUACUGAUAUACAAAUAGAAAGGAUGGUGAAAAAGGUAAUGUCUCUCUCUCCCAUCGCUCAUACUAAGCAAUACCUUUUUUAUUGUGACCCAAUUUGUGAUCUGAACUUAUUAUUUAAUCUGCUCUUUGACAUCUUGUUAUUUUUUUUUAAUGUUUUUGUUUUUUUGCAUGCAACAAUACAAGGUCUUUAUUAACUUAGAAACUUAUUUUUUUACUAGCACUGUGUCAUCUAGUAUUAAUGCGUUAGCUGCUGUAACCGUGGAAGACCUUAUAAAGCCUUAUACAAAUCUCUCUGAGAAGAAGUUGUCAUGGAUUUCCAAAGGAUUGAGUAAGUUGCAAAUUUUACCUUGGAUUUAAGAUUCAUGUUGAAUUGUCACUUCAGUGAAUAACACAGCUUGCAUUCUACCACAUUAGAGGGACACUCUACUGCCCCGAAUAAUAAAACACUGUUUGGUAGAUAUGUCCUAAAUGAAAAUAUGCAUGUAUUUAAAUAUGCAUUAUACUUAAUUGGGGAUAUAUAUAUAUAUAUAAAAAAAAAAAGAAAUCUCGCAAACGCUGCAGGUCUCUUGUGCAUUUAUUCUCGGACGAAAUACGGACAUUAUUUUAAUUUCAAAUUUCAUUCAGAUUAAUUAAAUUAUGAUCUGGGCUGUGGGCUGCAACUACAUCUUGGAGACGUUUAGUAGAUAACUCACUAAAUUGGUACCCUUGUGAGAUGCCAUAUUUAAGGGUGACAGAUUAUGGAGUUGUUUAGUAGAUAGCUCCUUUUUGGCAUUAUUAUGGCAAUCCCAUCUACUAAACUAAAAAAACAAACUUACGAAAAGCCCUUCCUCUUUGUAAUUUUGGUCUUUCAGACACCCUUACUAAAACUCCAUAAAAAUACUUAGUAUUAGUAAAUAAUGGAGGUUAAAUUCUCCCUCCUGCCCCUGAAUUAAUAUGGGGGGGGGAGGGGUGCAUAGUGUAUCCACGUGCCCUGCAAGUAGGGGGCUAUAAAAAUAAACAGAAGGUUAGUGUCCUCCUCCAUCCCCCAACCAUGGCCAGCGGGUGAGGGCUAUUAAAUAAAAUGAGCAGUGUCUCUGCAUGCUCUGCUAGUGGGGCUAUUAAAAUAAAUGGAGAGGGACCUAGCCGAACAAUCAGAGUGCUCUGACUCAAAUUGCAUAGCAUGGGAAAGGCUCGCUUCACUGCGAGUUUGGUCUGCACAGAGACCGCAUGGGGUGAAGAUGGAUUAAUUAUUUUUUUUCUAAAGUGUUCUGUUUUUGCAAUCAGGUCCUUUUCAUAUUUUAAUAGUUGCUAUACAAUGUUAUGUAUUUUUACUUGGCCUUUUUUGUGGCUGAAGAAAAGAAGAUGGAAAAAAUAGAAGACCAUCUAAUGGUAAGUAUGAUUUUUUUUAUUUUCCCUGUCACUAUUAUUAGGGUAGGGCGUUAUUUUUUUAUGGGGGGGUAUUUUUUAUUUUCAGCCACCACAGUCAAUGGCAAUAGAUCCACCCCUCCUUUUUUUAUUUAGGGCCACCAAUCUGCCGUCAAUCAGUGGUGGCUGGGGGUACACAAUUUCCCCCUGUUCAUUUUAUAUAAUAGCCCUCACCUGUGGCAAUUAGGUCCCUCACCAUUUAUUUCAAUAGCUCCAAAAUAGUGUCCCCCAUUUGUUAAUUAAUUAGGUGCCCCAACAUGGUGGCAUGAGGAACCAGUGUUAGGUCCCCUGUUAUUGGUAGACAUGCCCCCUACUUGUGGCACAGUGGAGCUGGAAGGAGGAUUUAAACUUUCUUAUACUAAUAUAGGGGUUGACUCCCAUUGGGCUAAGGAUGAGUAGGGGCAUGGGGUGAUUUAGAAAGCUCUCCGCCACUACUAUGUUUAAAUAUUACAAGGAGGGAGUUGCUAGCCAGUAGCUCACUAAUUUUAAUAAAAAUGAACAAAGAAUGAAUUACAUGGAAGAAAUUUCAUCCAACAAGAAAUUAGUUCUUCAUUUCAUUUGUUUUCAUUUGUAUAUGUACAUUUGUCUUUUGGACAAAUGGAUGAAUUUGCGAAAUUCUGACAAAAACGAAUGCCAAAGCCCAGUAGAACAAAAUUAUUUUCAAUGACGAUGAAUUUGUCAAUUGCUAAAGUAGAUAUAAUUGUACAGUUCAAGUGGAAAUAAACGUGUUACAUGCAAACAGUGAUGAUCGUAAUAGUUCUAGUAAACAGUGAUUAUUUAUGAUACGAAUAAUACAUCAAAGAGUCUGUCCACAGGCAUUUACUACUCAAACCUUUAACACUGGUUUCAAUGUAGGCAAUUAUUUUUCUUACUUAAACAAUUAAGAUAAAUGAAUACAUAAAAUGUACCUAAUUAUUUAUAGAUUAUUUCCUUAACCUUCUGUAAUAUCAAUGAUUUCCAUUGGUGAUUUAAGUGUUUUAACCAAGUUGGCAAAGUAAUUUGUCAAGUUUUAAAAAUCACAUCACAGCAAUUCUGAUUAAUAAGAAACUGAUUUUAAGAGGGUUACACACUAAUGUGAGAAUUCUAAGUAAAUUUCAAAUGUAAGGUCAAAAUAGCUGAAUUGUAACAAAUUAUCUAAGCCAGCCAACUACGUUUCCAGUUCGGCUACUUUGGGCUGAAAUCUGAAAACCUCUUUGACUUCCUGAGAGUGUAGCAGCUCUGUAACUGAAUAUAACAUUAUAGACUAUAAUAUUAUAUAGUAACCAGUAUGUUCUGUUUUAUGAACAAGGUGCUGGUUACGGUAUACUUUGCAUUGCUAUGGCAGCUGUGGCAUCAUAUAUGGGAAGCGUGAUUCAGGUAUCUUGGAUAUUAUUUUUAAUGCCUUUUAUUAUUAAUUGAAAUUGGUGGAGGGAUAAUGGUUUAUGAGGGCAUUGAAGUUGUAGGCCCCAUUUAAAAAUAUUGUCCCUAUUUAGCAAGUGUAAAAAUACAUUUACUAUGAAUCUUUUAUGAUUAAAUCUACACCCAAAAUAAAAAUGUUUUUCAUGCAUUUAUACUUCAGUGACAACAUAUUGGUUGAUAGGGAUGAUAAAACGUUGCGUUUUACAUAUUUACAGUUACAUAGCUGAAUUUACUUCGUCUUAUCAUAUCUUAGAACUUAGGCAAUACAGAGGAAUAAUGUUUGUGACUUAAUAUUAUAGAGCAAGAUACAGUGCUAUGUGCUGCACAUUAUCAGCAUUAGAAUGGACAGCAUUAGAACGUGCUCUGUGCAAAUAAAGGCGUUAAUAAUGUAAAUAAUGGAAGUCUAUUAUAUAAAGCUAUGACACGCGUGCUAAUGAGCUCACACUUGGCACAUAUACUUGCAGUAAAAAAGGAGGUGUACUGAGUGAUACAGACCGCUCACAUAAACCUAGUGCAGCACUAGAAAUGGUGGGUAAUGGAUGUGCUCACAUGGAGUAAUGCCCCCUCUAUUGGUGCAUACGCUAUCACACUAAAAGCCAAGUAUUUUAGGCUUUAUAUAAGGUGAGCAGUUACCUAUAUCCUAUAACUACUACGACACUGUAUAAAGGUUUUACACUAGAAGUGGUGAUCCUUUUUGCUUUGUCUCCUGCACUGAAUAUAGAAGAGUCCCUGGUAUUGUCAUAAUUUACCACCAUUGGUGUGACUUGAGACUAUCCUCGUUAGGCUCUACUCCAUGUGAGUGCAUCCAUUAUCGUCCCUUAUUUUCUCUUUUUUGGGUUUAUUGCACUAUUGUGCAUACUGUUAUCUUUUCUAGUAUAUCCUGCUCCCUUAUCCUAUUUCUUAAUCCUACUCCCUUAUUGUUUAUUUAGCUCUCCGCCGGGUUUAUGUGAGCGGGUCUAUAUCACUCAGUUCACAUCCUUUUUUACUACCCCAUACAUUAGGCUUAGGAAUAGUUAGUUGGGAGAUCCAGUACAUAAUAUUUUUAAGGCAAAUACUAUUACCCAAUAUCCAUUUGUAACUUUAUGUUACCUAACUCAUAUCCUGCUUAUAUUUGAUUUGCCUGUUUCAUGCGUAUCUGUCAAGUAUUUACACUGUCAAUAUUCUCAUUUUAUUUUCAAUAAAGGCAGCUUUAUCAAUAUUUGCCAUGGUGGGAGGACCUCUUCUUGGACUUUUUUCCCUAGGGAUGUUUUUCCCUUGUGCUAAUUCAGUGGUAUGUAAUAUGGCUUUCGGAAGCUCUGUAUUUUGUAGACGUAUCAAUCAAUUAUGCUGGACUUGUUGAUAUGACCAUUAGUAGGAAUAUAGAAAUCACUAGAUUCACGUACCUACAAACAUAGAUCUCUAAAUAAUAGUUUUCUGUCCCCUAAAGAAUAUAUUUUUAGAAUGGCUUGAGAUAACUUCUCAUUUUUAAUAUCUAGCAUUCAGUGUUUGCCCAUGAUAAUUUUCUCACAUUUUAGGAUCACUAUUAUUAUUAUAUAUAUCAUAAUAUUAUUAUAUUAUUUUUAUGAUAUUUAUUAAUCUCUCAUAAAUUUGUGAUUUUGUAAAUAUUUUGCUGCACUAUUGUUUCAUAUUGGAUUGUUAAUACUGCAGCUUAAAUUUGUACUUUUAAACCAUCUAUUAUGAUUAUACUGAUAGAUUGGGAGGGGGACACAAGCGGUACUGCUUCCACCUGUGUCCAUCUAAUGUGUUUGAGUAUUGUAUGUAUGUGGGAGUUUGUGUUGUGCGGUGUCUGAGUGUUGGGGUGGUAAGUUUUUUGCCCCCUCCUGAUUACCUUUUGGCAGGAGGGUCAGCUGUGUAGUAUCCCUGGUUUUCCGGUGAGAGAGUUUUGUGGUCUGCACCUUAAUCGGGUACAUAUCAACAACCUGUUCAUAUGCAUGUUAAAUAUUGUUAAUUACAUCCUUGAAUAUUUUGUUUUUCCAAAAAAGAAAAAAAAAUCUAGUACUUAAAAAAAAAAAAAAUAUCUACAGAAUUUGAUAAGACAACAACUUUGGUAGAGAAUUCCACACCGUUAUGGAUAUAAAGAACACUUUCCUCCGCUGUAAGUGACCAGCACCCAACAGAGGUGCACACCCCAAUGCUCCUUCAAUGAAGUAAAGGUGUGCAGGGAUAAGCAUCUAUUGAUCUCCCUGCCAGCCCAGAGAGGGCCCCAGGGGGAGCAUUAUGGGUAAUUCAGCUCUGAAUGAAUCAUUGGUACAAAAUGCAGAGGAGGAUGAAUUUCUAAUAACCUAACGUUCAAGCACUGGAAUACUUGCUUUUGCCUCACACCCUAUGCUUAGAUGCCCAAUCUAUGCCAAAUGAGUUGAGCUGGUUUUCAGAGGUUCUGCAGUUUGGCCUAAAAUGUGCAGCUCCCUUUCAAAUAAACACCAUAGUGGUCAAGCCCCAUCAUUAUGCAACUGGACAAAUAAAGACAUAUAAUGUAGCUAAUAUAACCAUUCAUUUUUAAGGGUGCCGUCGGAGGACUUCUUGUUGGAUUUAGUAUGUCACUAUGGGCUGGAAUAGGAGCACAGAUUUACCCUCCAUUACCACUAAAAAGCCGACCGUUACCACUAUUUACUGAUGGAUGUAAUGUCACCAUGGAGGCAAACUGGACAUCAACGACUGAAAUGACGAUGUUGACUACUCUCAUGCCACCAGACGUCAAUGACAGGUGGGGGAAAGUUCUACUCUCUUCUAGAAGAACACAUAUAUAAUAAAAGAGGUAGCUUUCUAUUUCAAUCUAAACAAACCUUUUAGCAUAAGAUAUUCUAAUACAUUAUAAAUAAUUUGUAAUUGUGUUUCUUAGGAUGGGGAAAUGCUGUGAUAUGAUGAAAAAAGUAUAACAAACAAGUCACCAAAAAAAAUACCAAGAUUGUGUUAUAAAUCAGUGACCAAUUUAAUAAAAUAACACUAUAUACUUAGACACUGAUUGGAAAAAGCUCAUGUGAUUUGUGACCAAACGCGUGAUGGCUGAGGGCUUCAUUAAAAUUCUCCAAAUGUUAUCAAGCAUUGGAAAUAUACAUAGGACAAAGUAGUCCCUGUGUUGUCUUAUAAUAUCUUUUGACUGGUCUGGAAAUUUCAGUGAAAUUCAGAAGCAGUCAUUAUGAGCAUUUCAUAAAGAUUUAACUCAUCCAGCAACAAAUAAUCUUGUAUAGGGGGAAGUAACAUAUUCCUCCAUUCUUUACAAAGGGAAAAUGAAGCACAUAGUUAUUGUUAUGCAUAUGACACAGAUACAGGAACAGAGAUCAUUAGGACACUUUCCAUCUAUUAAAUUUCACGCAAUCUGUAACAUUCUAACACUCUUGAAUUUUUCCAUUACAGACCUGCAAUUGCUGACUACUGGUAUUCGUUGUCCUAUUUAUACUUUAGCAUUUUGGGAACCCUUGUAACGCUGAUCGUUGGACUUGUUAUCAGUCUGUUAACAGGUACUGAAACUUUGAAACAUGACUAAUGUUUUCGAAGCAGCAUCUUGUGUAAAUGUUAUUUUUUAAUUGAAUAGCAAAACAAAGACUGUUAACCUCACUAAUAAUAAUCACUAAAUUUGUGCAUGGGGACCAAAAUUUUGUUUGGCAGAAUCAUUUUUCCACAAAAAAAAAGAACUCCCGAAAUUCAACCAAAUGUCAGUUCAACUCAGCAGAAUUUCAAAACCGAGAUACCAAUUUGGGAACUAAAUCAGAAUAACAAAAAGGGUGUGGAAAUGAGCCAUUUAGUCUGCUGCAAAAUCUGUAGAUAAUAUAUUAUGUAUAUAUUUUGCAGUAUUCAGAUAGGAACAAUUUACCGCCAUUUCGUUCACUGUUUAAAAAAAAGUAACCAAUAGAGGGAAAAACAGAAGAAGUAGUACAAAAUCUAUAUUUAUAUAUUAUAAAUUUUUUAAAUAUGUACUAUAUAACUAUAGAUUGGUUUUACUGCUCCUCCAUUUUUUUUUCUCUUUUUUGCUCACUUCUCAAUUGACCUGUGAAUAAUUUUCAACAAUUAGUGCCUGUCCAAUAUCCAUCAAUCAUAUUCUUUCCCAUCAACCAUCUCUCUUUUUGUCUUCAUCUGGGUAAUUAAGAAUCCCGAACCGAAAUGGACAUGCUUAAACACUGCAUUUUGAUUGGCUCAUGAUUCUGGUACAUUUUGGCUCACGUGAUUGGCACAAAUUUGGAAGAAAAGAAAAUUUGGCCCAAAAUGAAUCUCCAUGUGUAAUAAUCACUAUCUAUAAAGAUAGUUACUGGCCCAAUAUAAAAGCUAAUAUGGAACACUCAGGACUUUUAACUCACUCACGAUUCAGACCCAUUUGCCUAUCCUCGUUGGUAUCCAUGGUACCGUAUGGUACAUAGGGAAGAGGCCAGGGUGCACAAAAUACUAUAUUUAGUAGCUGUACUGCAAAUACUUUAAAUAGACUUUUUUUUAAAUCUUUAUUUUUCAUGUGGAAAGAUAACAUAUUCAGGAAGUUGGCCACAACAGCCUCGACACAUCGAUUAGAAUCAGUACAUAUCAAAUACAAGGCAUUGUUGUGUGCUAUUCACACACAUUUUAUAUUUACAAUAGGUCACAUUGUUACAGUGAGGUUUUAAAAUCUAAUAACUGUAGGGGUGGAAGACUUCUGUCUGCCUAAGACACCCUAAGGUCUGUGGAGUCGUAGGUGGGGGGGGGAAAGGCAUUUACUGCUAGGUCCAGUGGUUGGUCCCAAUUCUAGGUCGUGCGGCUAUAGUUAUGGGUGUUGGGUAGGUCUCUUGACCCUUUUGAGUUUGGGUAAGGAUGCGGAUUGCGGUAGUUACGGGGUCCCUCUAAUGGUGCCUGUCUAGGACUAUGUCCGCUCCUCUUUUGCUUUUCCCUGGUCGUAGCUAUUGGUGGGUGCCCAUGUGUGUGGUGCUCAGGGUGUCUUUGUGGCCCUAGUGGUAACUACAAAUCGUGUCUAUGUAUAUACAUAGGUCGCCGUAGUGUGACCGGAUUAAGUUGUGCCCUUGGGGCAUCAGACCUCGCGAUGAGCCUGAUUCCAGUCAGGAUUACUAUGUCGCCUUUGAUGUCGUUUCCCAUUAACCCAAGGGAGGGGGGGGGGGAUUGUUAUCGGAGCUAGUGUGCGCGGCUCUGGUGGGCCACUUUAGCACUGUUAUAGCCGUCAGAAUGUGAGAGAACUACAUUUAACUUAAAUGAACCGAUGUAUCAACUUAAAAUAUUUAAACUAGUGAAACUAAGGCCUAUGAGGCCGUCGGUGAGGCAGUUCGUUCAGGUUUUGGUUUUCGGUCCUCUGCUUAUUCCAGGAGUUGCGGAUGAAUCUGUGCUCGUUGUCCCUGGUCGUUGAGCCGGCUGUGUCAUAGAGGUCGCUGCGAGGUUCGAUAUUCCCAAUGCGGUCAUCAGUGCCGGGCCCUCUGCGUGGUCGGUAGCUCUGUAGUGCUUGUCAUCUUUAGUGACCCAGAGAGUUCCUGGUGUUGCCCAUCUAUAGGCUAUUCCUGCGGCUUGGAGUUGUUUGGUGAUAGGUUGCAUACUUUUGCGCCACAUCAGUGUGGCCCUGCUCAAGUCCUGAAAGAAGGAGAGUUUGCUGUCUUCAAAGUCAAGAGGUGUUUUCCCUUGCAUAGCCGCCAUUAGCCCCAGUUUGUCCAACAUUGAUUGGCAUCUCAAGAUUAUGUCCCUUGGGGCUGAGUUGGGUGCUUGUGGGGAUUUGGCUAUCCUGUAAACCCCGUCGAACUGGAACGUUUUAGAUUGUCUAGUUGGCAGGAGUGUGGCCACAAGGCGUCUGAUGAAAUGUGGCAACUCUUCCAGCGGUAUCGAUUCAGGUACCCCUCGGAUUUUUAUGUUCUUUCGGCGCCCCCUAUCAUCUAGGAGAGUAACUUGCCUGGACAUUGUUGCUUGUGCAGCUUGAAGGUGUCGCACCGUCUCUCCCAAUUCCUGGUAGUUCCCUCUUAGUCCCUUUACCUCCUCUUCUACCGCUUGAGUGCGCGUGGACACGGCGUGCACGUCUAGUUUAAGCACUGCCAGGUCCGCUUCCCACAUUUGUCUUAAGUUCUGCUGCAGGCCUGUCAGCAUAGCCUGUAUGUCUUGUUUGGAGGCCGGUGCGCUGGCUUCUGGCAUCCACGUGUGUGUGGGGUGUUGGGGAUUGAGGUGUGGGCUGUCUAGUGAUUCUUCCUCCUCUGAUGGUGCUGGGGAGGUUUCACGGGGGGUCUGUGCCUUUACUGCGCUUGGGGCCUGUAACAUUUGGCCUAUGUCGCGCUGCGGUUUUGGGGCGUUUUGGGGCAGUUUCUGUGUUCUGCGCCCCAUCUCACCUGAGCUGUGUGUGCUGGGGUACCAGUCCUCAAAUUCUGGGACACUCCAGGGCCAGUGUUCUCCCGUGCUGGGUUGAGGUUGCCUCCCUGCCCGGUAGGCCUUGCCGCCUCGGCGUCUAUUUUUCGAGCCGGGCGUCAGGAGAAACGGCAUCGGCGGUUUCAGCGAGGGUCCCUGCGGGCUGUGGCUGAUUAUGUGGCCGGGAUUAGUGCGGGAUGCCCCCGAUGUGGCUGGAUUGCCGUGCGGUAGCUCGGAGCUCCGGCAAUGUGCGACCGCUCCGGUCCGGUGCUAGGCUCCGCCCCUAAAUAGACUUGUUUUCUUUUUAUCUGCAACUCUGUUCAAAAAUAUGGAAUUAAACUACCCAAUUUGAGGGGGGAGUUUAGAAAUUAGGAUCAUUUUCUGACUGUAGAAUAAAAACACUUAUUUGCACAUACGGUUCUUCCCUUUCUGUGAUUUAUUUUUGCUCAACUCCAUUGCACUACCCAUGCCAGGUGAGGGAAUUAGGAAGUCUCUUUUUAUAACACUCGAGCAUUAUAAAAAUAUAUAUUUAUAACGCUGGAAUAUUCUUUUAAGGUCUCACUAGGCAGGUGGCGCAAGUAAAACUAAGGCUUUUAGUGUAGCAACAGAGAACAAUUUGGAAUUAAAAUUAAAAAGGUAAAUAUAAUACAUACUGGGGCGUUUGAGACCCCAGGAUGUUAAGAGAGAGAGGAAAACAUUUCAACCUUUCUAUCAUUAAGAAAAAAGACAAAUGUUUGGUCUUUUAGAAAAGUGUAGAACACAUUUUACCAUCAUUCCGUGACAGUAUGAUAUAGUUCCAAGUAAAUUCAGUGUUUUUAUAUUUUACUUUACUUUACAGGAGGAUUAAAACAAACUGUGAAUUCCGAUAACCUCUUUGGAAGACAGGAUUGUUCAUGUGACUUCUUUUUCUGCCAUAAACCUAAAAAAGUAAGUUAAAAAGUUAAUAUCAAGGACUUGAUGACCAUGGCAUAUGAGCGGUAUGGGAUGAGAUUGGUUUGGGCACAUUUAAACCAUGUUUGAAAAACAUUAAAAGUGAUUAUAGUCUAGUGACUAGCCUAACUGUUUAUUGAUAAAGGUUCUGGCUUUAGAAAUCACACUCCAGAAAAUAUUAUAUAAUGAUCACUAUAGGGUCAGGAACACAAACAUAUAUUCCUGAUCCUAUAGUGAAAACCCACCAUUUAGGUGGCUUGCACCCUCCCCCUUAGUCCCCUCAGAAUGGGUUAAAACUCACCUUAUUUUCAGCUCUCCACGGUUCCGCUGGCGCUGGCCCCGCCACCUUGGUGACAUCAUCAAAAUUGCCUAUUUUAGCCAAUCCAAUGCUUUCCCAUGGGGAAAGCAGUGGAUUGGGUAAAAUAAGCAAGGGGUGGGGCCAAACACCAUUUUGGCCAAUCAGCACCUCCUCACAGAGAUGCAUUGAAUCAAUGCAUCUCUAUGAGGAAAAUUCAGCGUCUCCAUGCAGAGCGUGGGACGCUGAACGGCAGAGCUGCUUACGGUGCAACCCUGAGCCAGGAAGCCCCUCCAGUGGCCAUCUGAGGAGUGGCCACUUGGAGGUGUCCCUAGGGGCAAUGUAAACACUGCCUUUUCUCUAAAAAGGCAGUGUUUACAUGAAAAUGAAAAUGCCUAUGGGAACUAUUAUACUCAUUAACUACAUUAAGCUGUAGUUGUUCUGGUGACUAUAGUGUCCCUUUAAAUUAAUGAUGAUUUUUAAUCCAAUAUCCAUUGUACAUUAUACCUCAUCAUAGCAAGCUUCAAGACUCUAAUCUGACAUGGAAUGUCCUACAGCAAAGAUAUAUAUAUAUGUUUUGUCUAGUUCGAUAUGUUUAGAACAUUCUGGAGGGCCUGUACUGACUAGAUUGUGAACAGGUUUUGUUUGAUGAAACGUUUUGGGAAAAUGUGAAACAAAAAAAAUAGUAAAUUGCUUAUAAAUACUUGGAAAAAAAUCAACUCUUUAAUGAUUUUAUUUUGAUCAGAUAGUGUAAUGUUUACAUACCCUUUACUUAUAUACCCUUUCAAUUUACAACUAACGGUGUAAGUAUAAAUUAAUAAACACUGUUUAAAAAAAAGAGUGAUGUGAAGUGAAUUGCAGACUUUAACAAAACUUUUCUAAUUUAACUUUUUUCCAUUGUGGAUAUUUUGACUCACAAAGAGCAACGUUUCCAAAAAUUCUGAUAUCAGUGUUCUGUUAACUAGACUAGCCAGUUGGCAACGCUUACAGUAACCUAUGUUAGGGUACGAAAUAGGCUCCAAUAUUAUUUUGUAUGUACAGUUUACUUUUUUCUCUCUCUUUUUAUAGACUGAUAAAGUUGAAGUUUUAAAAUGGAAAUCCCAUCCAAACUCAGGACUUGAAAACCCUGUUUUUGUGCAUGAUACUCUGGACCUCCCUGAAUUAAACAGAAAAUCAAAUUAA